AACAAACCAAUAUAUCCACAUACAUACAAGUACAUCCAUAUAGAUAUACACAAUUUUAUAUGAAUAAAGCGCUCAAAAAAUUGAGUAUUUUGUGUCAGCAAAGUGUUACAGCAUUUCCGUAUUAAUAUCAAUGUGUCACAUUAUAUUUUGUAUGCUGUUUGUUAGUACUGACCGUUUUCCUCUACAUCAGUACUGUUAUUUUCCUAUUGGUGUGAUAGCACAUUUGCUUCUCUCUCUCUCACUUGCUCUCUCUCUCUCCCUCAUUCUCACUCUGCCUCUCUUUUCUACCACUUCCUCACUACUGUGGCCUAUAUGCAGUUUGAUGCAAGGAAGCGAUCAGCUCAUAUCUACUACAGCGUCAGGCCGAGGGGCCCUUCUCCAGCAACCGGGCACUCUGUGGGAUCGUCAUGGGAAACUGUGUUUCAGGAAAGAAGAAAGAGAAAGGGGAUUCUGAACCAGAUGAUAAGACCGCGAAUGACAAGCAACCCAACGAAGAUGUAACGUAUGCUUCUAUUAACCACGACAAAGCCAAAGGAGCAAGACAUAACAGACCACCGACAAACCAGAUCACCGACGACGACUGCGACUAUGCUAUAGUUAAUAUUCCUGCAGCACUUCAGCCUCAGUCUGAAUCUGAGUGCUCAUCUAAAGACGAAUGUCCAGAUGAUUAUGUACUUAUGGGGUAAACAAACGGAAGUGGAAGCAUUUGUUCGGUCAAGUGAGUUGCAGAAAAUAUCUGAUGCCGGGUAAAGGCAUGCAAGAACUUGUUUGCACUUGAAUUGUCACUUUAUUUUUUAUAUUCUUAGCUUAAUCAAGAGCAGAUCUUGAUUAUCAAAGAAACUGCCAAAAUGAGAAUAUUAACAGCCAACAGCAGCUGAUUGCGGAAGUAUGUACAGUAACCAGAAAGAAGUUUCUCUCCACAAUUGAAGAAACGUUUUAACCAGAACAUGGUGGUGGUGUUCCUUCCUCAAGAAGACUAACUCGCAUUGCAGACGAACCUGCGAGAGAUGACACGAUUCUCGAGACAUCGGGACUUUACUAAAAGAUUUGAAAAAUCAGAAGAAAGCCAACAAGCUUUCAUCAAUUCUGGACCUCUCUGAGAAGGGCAAUGCAUCCAAAUCAGGAAAUACAGAAGUUUGUGGCAUGCAAUUACUACUUACAAGUGAAUC